CACCGCGGGCGAGGCCGGCCGGCGGUGUGGCUCCCGGGAAGCCGGGAGCGCGUGCCCGCUGCCGCCUCUCGGUGGUGGCCGUGAUGCGCUCCGCUCACGGCUCCCCGCCCCUGGGAGUCCCGGCCGCCGAGUCAGGCGCUGCAGCACGGUUCAACUAUCACAAAAAAAUGUUUUGAUCAGAAUUCCUGUGUCAUGAAGAGUUUUUAAGCUAGGCUUUCUUGAUCUACCCAGAAGAGGAUUUGAUGCUGGAAACAGAAGAUAUCAGUCAAAGGAGGGUUCUCAUUCUGGGAGGACCUCGUUGUUGCUGUAAUAGUGGUUGAAGACUAACUCCCAGAACAUUACCUGACCUCUGACCUGUCAGCAUGGGCAGGGCCCCAUGGGCACCUGUCACAGAAAGAAAGUGAUAAUGCCAGGUGGAUUCUGCAGGAGUUAAUGUAGUUUAUCAUAAAGGGCAUGUUGUGCUGGAAUCUGCAACGGGUUGUAUUAAGCACAGGAUAACUGUCUCAGCCUCGGAGGGGAUGAUAAACUCCAUGGACUGGCCCAAGAACCUUCAUGCAGGCUAGAAACUACAAAUGGAAAUUUCCAUUGGACUUGGCAUCUCCUGUCUUUUUCCUGCUUCCUGGCAUUUUAGCAUCUCUCCAGUGGGAUGUCCUCGAAUUUUGAAUACCAAUUUACGCCAAAUUGUUGUUAUUAGUAUUCUGGCUGCUGCUGUUUCACUUUUAUACUUUUCUGUUGUCAUAAUCCGAAAUAAAUAUGGGCGACUAUCCAGAGACAAAAAGUUUCAAAGGUACUUGGCACGAGUUACUGACAUUGAAGCUACAGAUACCAAUAACCCCAAUGUGAACUAUGGUAUCGUGGUGGACUGUGGUAGCAGUGGGUCUCGAAUAUUUGUCUAUUGCUGGCCCAGGCAUAAUGGCAAUCCUCAUGACCUGUUGGAUAUCAGACAAAUGAGGGAUAAAAACCGAAAGCCAGUGGUUAUGAAAAUAAAACCAGGCAUUUCAGAAUUUGCUACCUCUCCAGAGAAAGUCAGUGAUUACAUUUCUCCGCUCCUCAACUUUGCUGCAGAGCAUGUGCCACGGGCAAAACACAAAGAAACCCCUCUCUACAUUCUUUGCACAGCUGGCAUGAGGGUCCUUCCUGAAAGCCAGCAAAAAGCCAUCUUGGAAGACCUUCUGACUGAUAUCCCUGUGCAUUUUGACUUUCUGUUUUCUGACUCUCAUGCAGAAGUAAUUUCAGGGAAACAGGAAGGUGUGUAUGCUUGGAUCGGCAUUAAUUUUGUCCUCGGACGAUUUGAGCAUAUUGAAGAUGAUGAUGAGGCAGUCGUGGAGGUUAACAUUCCUGGAAGUGAGAGCAGUGAAGCCAUUCUCCGGAAAAGAACUGCCGGUAUUCUCGACAUGGGAGGCGUGUCCACUCAGAUAGCAUACGAAGUCCCCAAAACUUCUGAACACGCCUUUACUGUGCUUGCUGAGGUACCUCUGCUCAACCCAGGACAAAGGAGACAGGAGGAAGCCAAGGAAGAAGUAGCUAAGAACUUGCUGGCUGAAUUUAACCUGGGAUGUGAUGUUCACCAGACUGAGCAUGUGUACCGAGUCUAUGUGGCCACAUUUCUUGGGUUUGGUGGCAAUGCUGCUCGACAGAGAUAUGAAGACAAGAUAUUUGCCAACACGUUCCAGAAGAACAGGCUCCUGGGGAAGCAGACAGGUCUAGCUCCUGACACUCCAUACCUGGACCCCUGCUUGCCCCUAGACAUUAAAGAUGAAAUCCAGCAAAAUGGGCAGACCAUGUACCUGCGAGGAACGGGAGACUUCGACCUGUGCCGAGAGACUCUCCAGCCUUUCAUGAACAAAACAAACGAGACACAGACUUCCCUCAAUGGUGUCUACCAGCCCCCCAUCCACUUCCGGAACAGCGAGUUCUAUGGCUUUUCUGAAUUCUACUAUUGCACUGAAGAUGUGUUACGAAUGGGAGGAGACUACAACGCGGUUGCGUUUACUAAAGCUGCAAAGGAUUAUUGUGCAACAAAGUGGUCGAUCUUACGAGAACGCUUUGACCGAGGACUGUAUGCCUCUCACGCUGACCUCCACAGGCUAAAGUACCAGUGCUUCAAGUCUGCCUGGAUGUUCGAGGUGUUUCACAGGGGCUUCUCCUUUCCUGUCAACUAUAAAACCCUAAAGACAGCCUUGCAGGUGUAUGACAAGGAGGUGCAGUGGACCCUCGGAGCAAUCCUCUACAGGACCCGCUUUUUACCAUUAAGAGAUAUCCAGCAGGAGGCAUUCCGGGCCAGUCACGCUCACUGGCGGGGCUUCUCCUUUGUCUACAAUCACUACCUGUUCUCCGGCUGCUUCCUGGUGGUCCUGCUGUCCAUCCUCCUCUACCUGCUGCGGCUCCGGCGCAUUCACAGGCGGAUGCUGCGCAGUGGGGCAGCCGCCACCCUCUGGCUGGAGGAGGGCCUUCCAGCCCAGAAGAUUGCGGGAACCUUGUGAACAGGAACAGGAGUGAUCGCCCAGGAAGACCUUCUAAAGGAAAAGCCAUUUUUGCCUCAGGGUUUCUUCUCUUUAUCUUUGUUUUAUUUUUCCCUUCCCUUUUUGGUCCUUGAAACAAAAACAAAAUCCAUUGUGUGUAAACUCUGCUGUCCUGGAAGAUGCAUUUGCCACUGUUUGGUACACAGCUUUAAACCAAGGAGUAGGGAGAAGGGAAAAUCACUUCAUACUUGCUACAUAGGACAUCUGCCAAAAAUUAUGGAGAUUUUUGGUUUUUCUUUAAGGUAUGUUUAAUUUUAAACAGAUGCACUUUGAUAGUGGAGGGAAAUGGCAAAGGUGUUUUCUAUGGUGAAGAUGGGACUGAAGAGUGAGACUUUUACAGAACCCAGAACCUACUGAAUGAAAUUAAAAUGCUUUUCCCUCUAUCUUGAAAGCUCUAACCUAAA